CUACGUACCUGCAAAUGUUGUUUAUUUGAAAGACAGAUUCAUUGGCAGGUGGUACUCAGCCCAAGAGAGUCACAGUGGGCGGAGAGACACUUGCCCAAAGGGGGAGGACCUUUAAAAGUUGUUAUAAAGAGUGCUGGAUGUUGAAUCAUGUGCAGUGAACAGUGUUCUGUAAUCUUUCCAAUCACUUCUGUACACGUUCACAAUUUCAACUACUAUGGCACAGAAUGGAACUAUAGAGAACGGGGGCUCUCGAAAUGUUGCCCCUCCACCUCUGCCUCAACCUGUUAAAAACCCAGAGAUUAAACACACUAAGAUUUUUUUCAAUAAUGAAUGGCACAGCUCAGUCAAAGGAAAGACGUUUCCUACAUUCAACCCUGCAACAGGUGUCAAAAUCAGCGACAUUGAGGAGGCAGACAAAGCUGAUGUAGAUAAAGCUGUGGAAGCUGCCAGAUCAGCCGGGCAGAGGGGCUCUGUGUGGCGGCAGAUGGACGCGUCGAGUCGGGGCGAGUUACUGAACAGACUGGCAGAUCUGCUGGAGAGAGAGCGUUGUCUGCUCGCAACUCUAGAGUCAAUGGACACUGGCAAGCCGUUCCUGCAUGCUUUCUUUGUCGAUCUGGAUGGCAGCAUUAAAACCUUGAGAUAUUACGCUGGUUGGACAGACAAGAUUCACGGGAAAACCUUGCCAGUCGAUGAAAACUUUGUGUGUUUCACCAAACACGAGCCCAUCGGUGUGUGCGGCGCGAUCAUUCCGUGGAACCUCCCUCUGCUGAUGUUUAUGUGGAAGAUAGCACCGGCCCUGGCCUGUGGCAACACGGUGGUCAUUAAACCCGCCGAGCAAACCCCACUGACAGCUCUCCAUGUUGGUGCCCUAAUAAAGGAGGCAGGUUUUCCACCUGGAGUCGUGAAUAUCGUACCGGGAUUUGGACCUACGGCUGGGGCGGCAAUCGCAAGUCAUAUGAGCAUUGACAAAGUGGCUUUCACAGGCUCUACAGAGGUGGGGCAGCUGAUCAAAGAAGCGUCGGCCAGGAGCAACCUGAAGAGAGUGACUCUGGAGCUCGGGGGCAAAAACCCCUGCAUUGUGUUCGCUGACUCAGAUCUGCAGUUGGCGGUUGAGGAGAUUCAGAAAGGUGCAUUCUUUAACCAGGGCCAGGCAUGCACCGCUGCGUCCCGCGUGUACGUACAGGAGCAGGUCUAUGAUGAGUUUGUGCGGCUCAGUGUGGAAAGGGCCAAGAACAUAGUGGUCGGAGACCCCAUGGAUCCACGUACCUCACACGGGCCACAGAUUGACCAGCAGCAGUUUGAUAAGAUCCUGGAGCUGGUGAACAGUGGGAAGAAGGAGGGAGCAAAGCUGGAGUGUGGUGGAUGUGCGGUUGAAGACAAAGGCCUGUUCAUCCAGCCCACCAUUUUCUCUGAUGUCAAAGAUCACAUGCGUAUUGCCAAAGAAGAGAUCUUCGGGCCGGUUCAGUGCAUCAUGAAGUUUAAAACACAGGAGGAGGUGAUUGACAGGGCUAACAGCUCACAGUACGGGCUGACGGCAGCAGUGUUCACUCGUGACAUAGAUCGAGCCCUUAGUGUGUCUGGGGCCUUGGAGUCUGGAACUGUUUGGGUGAACUGCUACAACGCCUUACAUGCUCAAGCUCCUUUUGGAGGCUACAAGAUGUCAGGAAAUGGACGCGAGCUGGGUGAAUAUGCAUUGGCUGAGUACACUGAGGUCAAAGCCAUCACUAUUAAACUCAAAGAGCAGCUGAGACUGUGACCUGUGGUAUUACUGAUCUGAGACCAGUCCUUUACUGUGGACUUCAUCUAUGCACAGACUGCUUUCAUUCGUAACUGCUGCUGCAUCUGUCAAUCAAAGGAUGGAAAAUCCGGCUUUACCAUGAAAUGAUUUCUCAUUUUACCCUAAUCCGUAAUGUAUCAGUCCCUGUUUAUUCUUUGUAGAUGUUCUGUACAGAUUAAAAGAAAUGUGUGUUUUUAUUUGUAUUUAAUGUGG